AUCAGAGUUCGCUCAUAAACUCACUAAAAGCAGCUGUGAUGUCAUCAGGUGAGCCUUCAGUCACACACACUGACUCUCAGGUGAUCUCGGCUAUUUACCUUGAACCUGUCUCACCUGUCUGACUUCACCUGGCCGUCGUCUUUCUGAGGACUCGCUCAGUAACAACAUGGAGUCACGAGAGGAGGAGCCUGAUGAGGAAACACAGAGAUCAUUUCUGAAAGGCAAAGAUACUGAGAGCAUCCAAGCAGCCAACGGCAUAACAGAUGAUACGACCACUACUACCACUGCGACAACUACUGCAACAGCUGUGAGCGCGACGUCUGCUGCAGACGGUCGAUCAGACGACGAGGAAACAGGUGACAAACCGCUCAUCUCCACAGCACGUACAGAGCGGUCAGCAGAUGAGGAGGUGGCAGAGGAAGAAUGUGGGGGGCAAAUAUCUGUUGGAAAUGAGGAGGCUGAAGAAGGCAACGGGUGUAAGGAGGAUGAGGAAGACAAGGAGGCAGAUGAACUGCAGCAGGUGUCUGAUGUCCAGCCAGGCGGUGGCGACUCAGAGGAUAAAUCACUGACAACCACGAGACAGAGACCGGCUCCUCCAUGCACUCUAGCUUUGACCAGCCCACCACAAGCAAAGAAAAAAGUCCUGGUGGCUCCGACUCUCAGUCUGUCAUUAGGUCGCAGCGGGUCCAUGGUCUCUGAUGACCUGUCUUCUGUCUUCCUUUCCCCCUCCCCUGAAGAUGAAGACGACCCAGCACUUGACUUUGAUCUAGAUGCUAUAGAGACACCCUCAGACAGCGAAUCGCUGCCCUUCCCCAUGUAUGACCUGGACCUGGAAGAUGACCUGCGGCGUCUUGGUGUUGCCUCCAGCCACCACAGAGGUCACAGCUCCAGGUCUGACCCACAGACUGGUUGCCUGAUGGAGACAGACCAGAGUGGUCUGGGUUUUCUGGAAAGGGAGGAUGUGGUGGACAACCAUGGCACCAGGUGGCGUUGUUUCACUACAGGUGACCCUCCACAGGAGAGCCGGGUCAAUAUGAGCGUCCUGGAGCCGUUUCUCAGGGUGCUGUCUCAUGGAGGUUACUAUGGAGAUGGUAUGAAUGACAUCAUCGUGUUUUCCUCCUGUUACCUGCCAGAAAACUGUCUGGAGAACUACCAGUAUGUGAUGGAUAAUCUGUUCAGGUUCGUAGUGGGCACUCUGGAGCUGAUGGUGGCGGAGAACUAUGUGAUUGUGUAUCUCUGUGCUGGAGGUCAGAAGGACAAACUGCCAGGAAUCAGUUGGCUCAGAGAGUGCUACACCACCAUCGACCGCAGGUUGAGGAAGAACUUGAAGGGUUUCUAUGUGGUUCAUCCCACCUGGUACAUUAAAGCUCUCAUCACCAUCAUCAAACCCUUCAUCAGUACCAAGUUCAGCAGGAAGCUUCAGUUCAUCAGCAGCUUAAAGGAACUUUCUAACGUCAUCCCCACUGAGCAUGUUCAGAUCCCAGACUGUGUCAAGCAGUAUGAUGAAAGCCUGUCCAGGUGAGACUCCAGGUGGCGCUGCAGAGUCACGUACGUGUUUCUCUGACAUCCAGCAGGAUCUUAUGCACUGUGUCAGCAUUUGGGCUUCCUGAGUGAAUCACCGUCACUUUUCUCAAGACUUCUAACUUUAUCGACAGUCUGAGUGGUGAACAGUGUUAAUGGGUCCAACAUCUCUAUGCUUUAAGUUUAAAUUGAGGGCUGUUGCUACAUAACUGUACAGUAUGAGCCAGGAAGGAACAAGUGUCCCCUGAGAUACAUGACUUCAUUUGUGAUUUUAACUGAAACAUUUCAGAGUCCCACAGUUACAACCUUGUUUGUAGAACUUAAAAUUAAAAGUAUUAGGACAAAAGCACAGUGAUGUAAAAUGAACUGCAGGUUCUGCGCGUCCUCAGAACGACACGCAAACAUUCAAGUUUCACUGAUACAAAAAGUGUUUUUGAGCCAGAACUGUCAGAGAUUUCAACGUUGGACAUUUUCAAUCAAAGGGUUUUUAAAAAAAAUGUGUUUUAAGGAUUUUAACACAUUUUCUCCAAGUUUCAGUGUUUUCUGUCAGAGUUGAACCUUCAGCCCUCUCUGCAGUCAGGGUUUGCCUUAAAGUGAAAUGUUCUGUGCUGCUGAAUAAACUCGCAAUAGUUCCACAAUCUGGGCUUUGUGUUUGAA